AUUUGUUUGUGCAAGGAGUAAAGUUGUGCAAGUUGUUAUUUUUCUACUUUUCCUGACGUAUUUCGCAUUUUCGCAGAAAUUAGGAACCAACAACUCGCUGUAAAAUUGCUUGAAACUUAGAGCUAACUAAAAAUAAAUUAGUCGCUCGGUUUUAAGGGAAAUACACGAUGUGUUACGUUAUUAUAACAGGGCGUAGCUUGACAUGGUUGCUCCUGAGUUUGGUUUCGUUUAUGUUAAUUUUAACCGGCAUUAUGACUCCAAAGUGGUUAUUGGGGCAGCCUAUGGUGACCAACGAGAAUAAUAUCACAAGCUUUUACGUACCUAGCGUUGGCAUAUACAGUCGAUGCAUCCGUACAGUGACUGACCCGAACCACUGUGGCUCCUUCUCGUUCUACGGCCUGCUUACUGACAACUCUAUCUACCCUAGGCCUUGGAAAGCAGCCAUGUUCUUUUUAUCGUUAUGUGCAGCAAUUCAGUUUGCAACAGUAUUGGCCGGAGUACUCGCUUGUUGUGUGCAGUCUGUCUUCAAGAAAAGUGUUAUAUCUUUAGCUGGGGCCACACAGGCACUUGGAGGCUUAUUUGGAGUUCUGGGUCUGCUCCUGUACCCGUGGGGCUGGGGCUCCGACAGAGUGAAGAGAUUCUGCGGCAAGUACUCGGAGCCCUACAUACCCGGAGACUGCGAGCUAGGUUGGGCGCUCUACGUGUCUAUAACGGGUGUGGCGCUGGUGUUCCUCGCUAGCGCGUUGUCCAAAACUGCUGACCGCGCGGCCAACUCGGACAAGGUUCAGUUCCAGAUGGACGAGGGCAAGCAGCUCAUAUGUUUGGCUUGAAGUGUGCGGUGAGCUAUCGAUAGCCACUAUCGAUAAUCGCGUAUCGAUACAUUAUCGACAGUUCAUAUUUAUAGAUAGAUUUAUUUGUAGACUAUCGAUAGGCACUAUUGAUACACUGUCGAUAUUGCGUAUCCAUAGGCUAUCGAUAGACGAUUGAUAUUGCGAAUCGACCGAUUAUCGAUGUUUCGUGUCGACAGAUUAUCAAUAUUUCGCAUCGAUAGUCAAGAUAUCAGUCGAUAGUAUUGAUAGUUACUAUCGAUGUUUAGUAUUGAUGGAUACAUUAUCGACUUUUCGUAUCGAUCGAUAGUAUAUCGAUACGCAAAUGUCGGGAUUUUAAAUACAUAUUUAAGAGUAACUAAAGAGUAUCAAAGUCUACAGAAAAAUUAACCCAGUGUUGAUCAAGAUUAAAAUUGGACUAAAUCCUACUUAUUGGUAAAAAUCCUAAAAUAUAAGUAUUAUUGUUAUAGAAAUCUUUUCCAAAGUGUUUUUAUACUCAUCGGGCUAUUGCCAUAUUUUAGAAAAAAAAAAUUAGGAUAAAAAAACUUUAUUCUUUAGCAUAAUGUACAUUUAGAAAACUGUCACACUAGUAGGCGCAAAACCUACUGUUCUCAGAACGACAGAGUCAGCUUUUAGCGAAAAUGACAUGUUGUUACAUACAUACAGUCUACAUCUUUAUCCCCUACGGGGUAGACAGAGCAUAGAGUUGCAAAACACGAAGGUCACGUUUAGCUGGAUAGUGGGCUUAUUUAAAUUGAAUGGUGAUUCUCAUUAUCGAUUAAUAUAAUAUUAUUGUUACAAUAUGGGAGUGCUAUCAGCUGCCAAUGUUUUUUAUCCUUUAGUCGCCACGUACGACAUUCACGGGAGAAUAUAGAAUAGUCCUAUUAGGACGGAACCACACGCCAAAACUGGUCGAUUAUAAUUUAAUUUCCAAUCUGACUAUAGAAGCAGAACUUGUGUCAUCUGUAUCUAGUCCUGCAUAAUACUCCAUAUUGCUAUUUACGUUUUGUAUUAUUAUUUACGUUUUGAGAAUGGGACGUUUUGCGCUCGACAACGUUGUAAAGUAUUUUUUAAUAAUAUUUACAUUUAUUGGUCGUCAGACUUAUAGUAGGGCUUUUUAUAUUUUAAAAAAUUAUAAUACGAUAAAAAACACCCUCCAAUAAAAAAAUAUUUGUUGUUUUCUUUCAAUGUGGAAAGUCGUAAAGGUAAAGACGAAAUUAAAAUAUCUUUUUAUGAAUGUGAUAGUUUUAGGAUGCAACCUGUUUUUGUAUUUUAUUAUAUUAAUAAAUUAAUGGAUAAGAGUGGCACAGGACGCGAAGGGAGGCCUAGCAGUGGCCGGACGCGGGUGUACAUGGAAAAAAUGAAUUAAUAGGGCCAAUAAAAUGUAAAUAUAUUACAAAAGUCAUGUCGUUAACACUGCCAUAAUUUGUGAAACAAUCGUACAGACUGAAUAUACUUCCAGUAAUAUUAGGAGAGUGAUUUUUUAUACACAUAUUUUAUUUGGGCAGCUCAAAUAUAUAUAUGGCCUUGCGUGUGCUCUGGCAAAACAAAAAUUAAAAAUCACGAAAAUGUUGUAAUGAUAUUGGUGACCAAAAUUUGAAUUUCGAAUGAUUUAACUUUUUAAUUCAAUGACUCCAUCGACUAAAUGAUGAUUUUGCCGAAGUUUUAUUUUUUCAAUUUUAUUUGACAAAAGCGUCACCUACAUGGCCAUAUAAGUUUGUUCCUUUGUAUAUCGUUUUUUUUAUUGACAGAUAUUUUAGCAUGUGCUAAAUAGAGAUUAUGAUAUAUUUCAAGAAUACUCAUAUUUAUAUAAUGAUAAAACUAUAUUAGUUAAGAAAUAAAUCAUAUUUUUGUAUGUAAGUGCUGAGUGUGUCUUAUUAUAUUAAGUAUAAAAAAAUAUUAUAUACUAGACUGUUUUUUAUACAACUAAGGUAUGCGGCCCACCAGAUGGAAAGUGGUCACUGUAGCCUAUGAACUAUAAUAAAUAAAUAAACUCCUGUAACCAAGGGUUCGACAAUGACACAAUUAAGUCAUACAGAUUUAAAUUUGUGCUCAAUUUUCUCUAUAAUCUUAUAUAUAUCAUGUCUGAUAAAAACCAUUUAGACAAAAAGGCUUCGAAUGCGUGUCUUUAGUCACAAUAUAAAAGGCUUCUAGCUCUUAUACUAUGACGAAUGUCUGGCAGUCGCAGGCUCCUCGACUAAGUGUUCCAAUUUUGAAGUAUAUUUUAAAGUCAAUACAUUUUCUUGCUAAAGUAUUAACUGAUAUCGUAAAAGAUCUAGUCUUUUUAUUGUAUUCUCUUACUCCACUGCUUCUAUUUAGAUUUUUCAAAUUAUAUAAUUUCUUUCUGUAAUCAAGAUAUCUCAUUGAAUUACUAUUAGGUAAGCAUUGUGAAAUGUACUACUAUUUUAUGUUAGUUUAUACUUAGUUAUAUAUUUAUACUGUGUCUGUAUUUUUAUAGAAAUAUACAAAUGUGCAUUUAAAUUUUUUAA